GAAACGUCCAGAGGUUAGUAAAAUAGUAAGGAAAGAUUACAAGUUGCUCAUGCGCAUUUUAAAUCCAAAAUGUUCCGUAAAACAACGUGGAGGAAAACAGUAAGUGAUGCGGUCAGCUCACAUCAACACCGAGCGCUGAACACCACCAUUUUCAUCCUCAAAGAGUACGGGCCGAUUGGAUUCCUCCUGCAAGAGGAUGGAGAGAGCAAACAUUAUAAAGUGUGUUUGGGGGAUCCUCACACGUGUACCUGUCCUGCCUUCCAAAAAGAGAAGGAUCUUUGCACACACAUCUGCUGGAUUUUAAUGCGCAAAUUUCGACUGCCAGGAGAUCACGAAUACUGUUUUCAGUAUGGUCUUGUGGAGCGACAGAUCCUAGAGCUUUUGCAAGGGCUUCAUGUGACCAAAACUACAACCCAUAAUCACCAUGGCAGCUCAGGCGCAACAUUUCCUGAGCCAGCUGAUGAAGAUGGAGGCAUAAGACAGAAAGUUGUUGAAAAAGAUGAUAUAUGUCCAAUCUGUCAAGAAGAACUUCUGCUAAAAAAAUUGCCUGUGACCUAUUGCAAGUUCAGCUGUGGAAACAACAUUCACAUUUCCUGUAUGAAAGUUUGGGCUGAUCACCAAACUAAGAAGGACCCACGUGCCAUUCUUAAGUGCCCACUUUGUAGGGAAGACUUCGGCACAUUUAAAGAGCUAAUUGAACAGGUCAAAAAUGCAAGUGAACUGGUAACCUGCUAUGAGAGAGACUGUCUGGACAAACAUCUGGGUGUUUUGUGUAACAUCUGCAGGAUUUGUCCAAUUGUCGGCAAAUGUUUCAAGUGCACUGACUGCAGUUUUUUCCACCUGUGUGAGGACUGCUUUAAGAAAACACUUCAUCCAAAACAUUGUUUUAUAGUUCGAAUGAAAAGAGGUCAGCAAUGGCAAACAGUAGGAGCUCAUACCUCUCAGGAAACACAGAAAAUAGAAAACCACUUAACUGGUAGCAGCUCCAUCAGCAUGUCAUGUGAUAUUGUCCCAAACCAUGUGAUAAAGAGUUUGCCGGUGGUAAGGGUUCGAAAAGAGUCCAGACUGCUUCAUCCAGGUUUUCAGUGUAGACUCUGCCUCUCAAGAUUUCAAUUGGGUCAGCACAUCAGAACCCUUCCCUGCAAACACAAGUUCCAUACUGGCUGUAUUGAUCUGUUGCUUCGCAUGUCUAACUGCUGCCCUCUGGAAUGGCAUAUCAUCUACAAUCCUCUUACAUGGAGUCCCAGAAUUGGCAGAGCAGGAUCUCUGGCUCCAUCUAGUGAUGUUCACAGCAAGAGAACAGAUGGGCAAAUCUCAGAGUUCUUUCUACCAGGAAUUGGAUUGCAGGUCAAGAAAGGUACAGCUCCAUCUCGGUUGAGAGGAGUGACAUCUGAAUCAUCUGUGUCCGGAAAAUCCAGUUCUUCCUCAGUAGAUACAGUCAGUCAGGGAUUUCAGGACCUCUGCAUCAAUAGUUCCCACAUAGAACCAUAUUCCAGGAUGCCAAUCAUGACCCAUAGGAAAGAACAGAGGCCUAGGAGAUUAUCAUUUGAGCAGGCCGUGUCUGCGCCGGUUGAGAGGAGGGCAUCAUUUCCAAAUCGGCCAUCAACAGUGAGUAUGAAAGGCUUUCACGUUCAGUCUGCAUUUGGCGAAACACAGAAGCAGCAGCAGAGACUCUUUGUGGGCUUUAAUGGGUCUUCCAGCAGAAGAAUCAGACCAUUGAGAAAAAUCCUUAGACGAAGGCCAGACAGAGUGGAUGUGAAGGAUCUUCAUCUCUGGAUGACAAACAGUCCUGCCAGUGCUAUACUUAUAAGAAAACAAGAAUAAAUCAUAGUACAUAGUAAAAAAAAUAAUGAUAAAUGAUAGAAGGAUUACCUUCACAGGAAUAAAAGCCAAUUCAAGGAAGAAACACACAUUUAAUUUUAAAAAGCUUUUAUUAAGCCAUGACUGUAACAUUAAAAAAUCAGAGA